AGAUUUAGUAUUUUAGUAAAUACUAAUUAUUGAAUCUUUUUUCUAUGUGUGAAUUAUUGAUUCUUGUCUAGAAGCGUACGAUUACGGAUCAAACGGAGUCGCAAAAACAGUAUUGAAUAUUUUGAUUUGAAUGGUGUUAUAUUUUUAAGAAAUUUUGUGUGAUAUUAUUGAAAUGGCUGCAGAAGAUGUAUUCGAUCAGUUUGAUGAAGAAGAACAACAAGUUGAAAGUCAGUCAUUUACAAAAGCUGGUCGAAAGCGACUUUUCUCAAAGGAAUUACGUUGUAUGAUGUAUGGUUUUGGUGAUGAUGAAAAUCCAUACACUGAAAGUGUUGACAUACUUGAAGAUUUAGUAAUUGAGUUUAUCACAGAAAUGACUCAUAAUGCUAUGGAAAUUGGACGAUCUGGACGAGUUCAAGUAGAAGAUAUUGUGUUUUUAGUGAGAAAAGAUCCAAAAAAAUAUGCUAGAGUCAAAGAAUUAUUAAUGAUGAAUGAAGAAUUGAAAAAAGCACGGAAAGCAUUUGAUGAAGGAAAAUUUGCUGGUAAUGAAGUACCAAACAGUGGUAAUACUAGUAUCACUAAAUAAUGAACUAAAAUUUUUGUUCAAUUUAUAUUUAUAUGUAUUACUUUUUUUUAUAGUAUAUACUUUUACAUUGAGUAACAUUGAACGCUUUACUUUUAUAAAUAAAUUUUUAGUAUUAUAACAUUA